CGCCUGCCAUCGACAUAUAGAGAAAUCCACACCCAGCUUAUUCAGUUGGCUGUUAGCUAAGGCUCCUUGAGCAAAUCGUGACGUCUUAUCCCCGAAUUUCUGUCCUUUCCUUCCACUGUAAGUCGGCGCGGGGCACGGCCGGGGCACGGAUCGGACGAUCAAUGACGUCCAUUGCCAUGGGAUGCCCAGCUAACACCACGAGAAUCAAUCUAAAGAGAUGUGCAUGUAAGUAUAUAUAUGGGAGGCACACUGAGGCUCUAAAUCAUAAUCAUGUGAACACAAUCAGAUAUUAGAACAUUAACCUGUACUUCAAAACACCAUCACAAAGUUGAGACUCACUACAAGAUGGCGCCCAAAGGACUCGCAAUCAUUAUCGGUGCAGGGCCAACUUCCGGUGCAGGGAUCGCUCGCAUUCUAGCCAGCCCUCAACAUGGCAACCUGGCAGUUGCUCUACUCGCCAGAAACCCCGACAACCUCCAGAAUCUUGCGGCCGAUCUACGCAAGUCUUCCAAUGGCAUUCUCCAUCCUUUUCCUACAGACACUGAGCCUGGAAACCUCCGACGGACCUUCCAGCAGAUCGCAGAUCAUGCAGACUUCAAAGACCUUAAACUAAAGCUCGCCAUAUACCACGUCAAGAACUCUAGCAGGAAGCCGUUCCUCGAAGAGACGCCAGAGGAUUUCAACGACAGCAUGAGCACCUUCGCAACCGGAGGCGUCGUCUUUGCGCAAGAAGCGUUGAAGCUCAUGUACACACAGAACGGAGGGCAGACUCUACUCUCCGACACCGAGGGUGCGAAAAAGGGCACCAUCAUCUUCACGGGAACCUUGGGAGCCAUGCGCACGAAUCAGCAGUACGCCGCUUAUGGCGCUUCUAGAGCAGCAGCGAGGAUGGUGGCGCAGGCUAUUGCGAAGGAACACAGCAAGUUUGGUGUGCAUGUGGUCCAUGCAAUCGCCAAUGGUGGAAUUAUUGAUGAAGAGAAUGAAAAUACCAAAACUGGUAAGCGGAUGCGCGCGGAAGAUGUUGGAGAGUUGUAUCUCUGGUUGUCACAACAGCCGAGCUCUCUCUGGACGCACGAGUUGGAUAUGAGGCCGGCACAGGAGACUUUCUAAGAAAGAUUGUUCAAGAAAGAUUGUCAAAGGCAUUGGGAGAGAUUCUUAUUCUGAGG